GUAAUAAGGAAGGAAAAAGGACUUUGCUCACAGACGCUGCGUCGUGUGCAGGUCUUGUGAUAAUGCAGAAGUGUUUCAGGUUAUCACAAGGAGCAGACACCGACUGACCGACCUGAAAGGGGAUUUAGUUCUUUGCAAACUAAAUGCAGCUGUGAUUGGACAUGGAGUGGAAGAGCAACCUGAGGCGUGCCCAGUCACUGAGGAGCGUCCCGUCGUCAUGUGACAAGCCCACCAGCUGGCCAGAAGCAGGACUGCGGGAUAACAGAACGUCUGUGUCCCAUCUUGUUUCCAGGUAUCAAACUACAGUGGUAAGCACAUCUAUUCAAGAAACUACGGUACAUGAGGCUGCAACAAACCAAAAGCAGAUCAUAAAAGAGACACAGCAGCCGAACCUGGAGUAUCUGAUGUUGAGAAAUGAAGAGCGGGAACGGUCUCGAGCCAAGUCCAAUUUGACCCGUAGCAAGUCAAUGGGUAGCCUCCAAAAAGCCACCUCGUCCAUAGGGACCCUGAAGGCUCUGUUUGAGUCGAAGGCUGCCACACCAAACAACUCAAAGAGAACUCUCAGAGACGGAAGUAUCACAACAACUAAGAGAGCUGUAGACAUCCUGCCACUGAUGAACGGAAAGAUUGAAGAGGUCAAAAUCUCUGCAGAGGAACCCAAGACCCAAACUCCUGCUCGUCCUCCACAACAUGAUGCUAAAGAAGAUCAUGUGACUCCAAAGGUGGCGAGUAAGCCCCGGUUGGAGAGAAGAAAAACAAUAGGGGGCAUUGAUUUUGAAAAACUUGCUUCCUCUCAAGCUGAUGAGAAAAGGAGGUCAUUUGCAGAUUUCAGAGACAGCUCCUUCGGCCAAACAAAGGAUAAACUGUCCAUCUCAGUCAAGGCUAUGUCAGCUCUCUAUCUGUCCAAGGCAGCACCUCAGGAAUCAAACCGCAGCUUUUUGAAAAAGGCUCAAGCUCAAACAUCUGAAUCUGGGAAAAGAGUGAAACUAACCAAGUUUCUACCUGCUUGUCAAGAGAUGUGUUCAGCCUGUUCAAAGCCGGUUUAUCCGAUGGAAAAAAUCACAGCAGACAAAUACAUUUUUCACAAAACUUGCUUCUGUUGUAAGCAGUGCAAGAAAAAACUGAGCAUGCAAAAUUAUACACCUUUACACGGGGAGUUCUACUGUAUAUUUCACUACAAACAACUGUUCAGAAGAAAAGGGAAUUAUGAUGAAGGCUUUGGACACACCCAGCACAAGAACCGAUGGCUGCUACAGAGCGCUGCCGAUGUGUGCAAUGAGUCUGAGUCUGAGGCAUAAGCACGAAUACUGACAAACCAUCGAUGUCUGUGACAACAUGGAGGAUCUUUUGAAGAUGUGUUUGAGAUCCCACAAUGGCCGCCUGCCGUCGAAAUCACACACCUGUUCACACACUGAUUUAUAAUGAAAGUGUGCAACAGAACAACUAAAUUCCACACUAGCUUAGAAACUGCAGAAGAAGACUAAUGAUGACACAUGAAAUCAUCUUUUCUCCAUAGGUAGUUGUAUUAUAUCACCCUCUUGCUCUUUUUACUUAAAGGUGGAGUCAGUAACUUUUUUCAUUGCAGCAUGUCAAUACAACAUACAAACUGGGCCCCUCUUCUUGGGCUCAUCACUCCCCCAAGCACACAUUCACUGCAGGACAUAGUGUAUAUGUUUACUGCUUGUACCAGCUAACUGCUAGCACAAGCUAACCGCUGGUGUUUGGAGCCUGCCUGUCCAACAGAAAGCAAACCAACUCCUCGUCUGCGGAGUAAAAGCCAACACAAGGUUUGGAGAGUUUGUCCGCUCACUGUGAUUAUAUUUUGUCGUCCUUUUCCACUAUGUCCACGUCUGUCAUAUUCACCGGUUUGAAUCACCUCCAAUUGCUGAAUUGUAUCUUUUAAACUCACCUGCUGCGCUGUCAUUGGCUGGAGGAAACACACCAGCACCCUGCCCAGAAACGUCCAGAGUCAACCAAAACAAAGCAGAACAGUAAAAUCCAGUCAGAGGACAGAGUCUCUGCAGACACAGUCACCACCACACAUGUAUGGAGGCCCAGAAGUGAUGAUUCAGCAGAAUUACUUUUGUAUAAGUCUCUAAUUUUUUUUUUUUUAGGAAAAAGCUACUGACUCUUUAAACAAAUUGCACUCAAUAUUUUUGUGCAAUUCUUUGUUGUAACUUUCAGUUUAACUUGAUUUUAGAAAUGGAAAAAGUACAAAUUCAUCAGGAUGCUUACUGUAUGUGCUUGUUGAUAAUAAAGAGGCUCAUCACUCAUCA